AUGGGCGACAACAAGAUCAGGCUGGGCGUCUGCCAAAAUGGCAGCUGCAGCAGCGUGGGCUCCACAAUGCUGCUGCGGGACAUCGAGGAGUACUGCGGCAAGCACGCCGAGGUGUGCGCCUCGACGUGCCUCAACAGGUGCGGCAAGGGCCCGAACGUCGAGAUCACGGCGGACGGCGCGGUCACCAUUGUGGAGGGCGUCAAGAGCUUCAAGAGGAUGGAGAAGAUGAUCCUGGAGAACGUCGAGGACUGCGAGCUGGAGGGAUACCGGCGCAAGGUGGCGCAGCUCAAGUUCGACUCGCGGCGGCAGGAGACCACCGAGGGCAAGCUGGCCAAGAUCGCGGAGGCCUUCGAGGCCCUAGGCGGCGAGCAGAGGGCCAUCGACAAGAACGCGAAGCAGUCCAGCCAGCUGCUGGUGCUGCGCUCCAGGGCCCUCCUCAAGUCCGAGGCCGAGAAGGCGUUGGCGGACGCCGAGGUCGCCGCGAAGCUGCGGGCUUCGCAGCCGCAGCCUUACUUGGCGCUGGCGGACGCGCUGGCGCAGCUGAAGCGCCCCCAGGAGGCGCAGCAGGCCAUGCAGCAGGCCCUGGAGCUCACCACCGCGGCCUUCGAGAAGAAGGAGCUGCAGAAGCGCUUGGCCGAGCUGGAGAAAAGGGCCGCCCAGGCGGCCGCCGCGUCCCAGCCGCCGAGAAGAUCCGUGAAGGACCUGGCGGCGGAGAAGGACGCGCCCAAGGCGGCGGCGGACGCGAAGGCCGCGCCGCCGAAGAAGGCGAAGGCGCGGCAGGCGAAGGCGGCCCUGACCGAGGAGCAGGCCUCCGCCGUGGAGGGGACGUGGAAGCAGGCCGCCGCGGCGCUGGGCGCGGAGACGGUGGGCGUACUGCUGUUCCGGCAGAUCUUCGACAUCGCCCCGGAGGCCCUGCAGCUGUUUCCCUUCGGGGAAGACCCCGACCUGUACGACAACCCCAAGCUGAAGGGGCAUGGCGUCAAGGUGGUCACCAUGGUAGACGCGGUGAUCAAGGGCGUCCGCGACCUGGAGGGCCUCAAGCCCACGCUGCAGGAUCUCGGCCUGCGCCACGUGGGCUACGGGGUGCUGCCGCCGCACUACGACGUAGUUGGCCAGGCACUCCUGAGGACUUUGAGACUCGGGCUGCAGGACGCGUUCACUCAGGGGGUCGAAGCCGCCUGGACCAAGCUCUGGGCCUUUGUGGCCAAGUGGUCCAUGGCCGGGAACUACCCCCAGCUGGAGCCUGGUGGCGCCGGCCCGAGCAAGGCGGCAAAGGCGCGCCCAGCGGAGGGGGCCGCCGCCGAGGCGGCCUCGCCGCCGAAGGAGCACAUCACGAUGAGGAUGUGGGGAGAGGACGGCGUCAAGGAGACGCAGCCGCUGACGGAGGAGGAGCAGGCGAAGACGCUGUACGCCCGCCUCGGAGGAGCCGUGCCACUGGAAAAGCUGGUGUUCGGGGUCUACGACCUGAUGAGAGCGGACACUGUCAUGUCCGCCUUCUUCGAGAGGUUCGCCAAGACGCCAGAGACCUUCCUGCGGCUGAAGGUCCGCACGGUGGACUACUUCGGGGGCGAGUGGGGCGGGCCCGCCUACGAGGGCCCGAAUCUCUUCGAGGCGCACGCCUCGAUGGCCAUCGACGACGAGCUCUACGACGGCAUGAUGAGGUGUUACGUCGAGAUGCUGCAGCGGAUUGAUGCCGGUCCCCAGGAGACCAAGGAGGUCUUGGAGUCCGUGGAGGCGAUGCGGCCACCCAUCGUGGACCCCGACGGCAUCUUCCAGGCCGAGAUGGAGAAGAAGCUGAGAAAGGCCGCGGUGCAGCGGCAGGAGAGGAUGAGACUCUACAAGGAGCAGAAGAAGAGGGAGGAGGAGGAGAAGAAGGCCAAGGCGGCUCAGAAGCCGAAGGCCGGCCAGGAGCCGAAGCCGGGCAAGGCCAAGAAGGAGCCGCACCGCCACGACGCGGCGGCGGGGCCCGGGGCCGGCCACGCCGGGCUCGGCGCAGCAGAGGCCAUCGGCGACAGCAGUCGCGACAGCGCGAAGUCUGGGCACCGCCUGUACGCCUGCACCGAUCCUGGCCAGCAGCCACGGCCGACGCCGGGCAGCGCGCGCCGGCCGCGCCGCGCCGCGCCCUGCGGGUCUCUGGACGCCGCGGCGGCCGCCGUGAUGGGCGCGGGGCAGGGCCGGCGGGCGACGGCCGAGCCGGUCGUGGUGCCCGUCACCGCCGCGGCGGCGGCGUCGCCGGCGCAGACGCCGUGGCCGGGCGUUGCGGCGUUUGUUGCCCUCUCGCUGGCGCUGGCGGUCGGGGGCGGCCGGGCGUGCGGCUUCGCCCUCUGGCCGGCCAAGAGGAAGGAGCUGCCAGCGCUGCUGGCCGCCUGGGCCGCGGCGGCCCCCGAGGGUCCCCAGUCGAGGUCGAUGGCCGCCUCGCCGCUCCCCGAGGGCUGGCGCGCCUGGGCGCUCUGCGACCCGGCUGGGCUGCCGGCGGGCGGCGGCGUCUACAUGGUGGCGCCGCCAGCGGCGGCUCCGCAGCUCGUGGUGCUGCUCGAGCCGCUGGAGGCCGUCAACGUCGUCCACUUCGCCGCGGCGAGCCCCGCCGCGCCCUGGCCCGGGGCCGGCGCCGCCCUGCAGGAGUGGUUCGCGACGAUGCUGCCGAAGAGGUGCGAGGUGGCCCCGCACUUUGACAUCUCCCUCUUCGGCCUGCAGCCCCCGAGCCAGUAG